UAUUGUUAAUCCCAGUGGCCAAUCAUUAUUUUUGUAGUUUUCCAAUCACUCAAAAACAACUGUCACGCACUUUGAUUUAACUUUUGGAAAUCUGUAUUGUAAGGAGCGUUAGGCUUUGAAGUUAGCCCGUUAGGGUUUGGCUGUUUAUCAGUCAAACUAAUAUUUAUGUCUGCCACAAUGCUAAUAAUCCAGGUGCCAAAUAUGGUGACACACAUAGUCCAGAGGUUUGAUAUUUAAAACUUAUUUCUUUUUGUUUGGCCAUUAUGGAAAUGUAGGUUUAUUGUUUUCAAUACUGAAACUUGAGGAACUUAUAUUUGGCAGUCGAUAUGCUUUGAGUGUAUUAUGAAUUAACUGGAUAUCUUACUGUGGAAAACGGUAAUUGUAGGGAAAGUAGAGCUUUGGACACUGAAUCUCUCUGUGUCAUAGCAGGGAAGUGGGUGUGGUCUAUCCGUAUUGAUCUCCAGAUUUUAGACAAUGGAGGGAACCUUGUUGAUGCUGCCAACAUUGCAGCCUUAGCUGCUCUCUCAACUUUUCGGAGGCGUAAUUGCACAGUUGGAGGAGAAGACAAGCAAGAAGUUACUUUGCACCCUCCUGAGGUUGCGGAGCCACUUCCAUUGAUCAUUCAUCAUAUGCCUAUCACAGUGACCUUUGCAUUUAUUGGUGGCGAGAAUGUAGUGGUGGUAGAUCCAACUCACUUUGAAGAGGCUGUAAUGGGAGGAAGAAUGACAGCUACUGUUAAUGCAAAUGGUGAUGUCUGUGCCAUUCAGAAGGCAGGAGGAAAUGGCAUAGUACAGAGUGUUAUAAUGCAGUGCCUUCGCAUUGCUUCAGUGAAGGCUGGCGACAUAACAAGCAAGAUAAUGAUUUCCGUUGAAAUGUACAAUACAGAAAGAGCUCUUAGAAAUAUCAAAAGGCACAUACCUGCUACUUCCACAAUUGACAUUCCUGACACUGGUCAUGGGGAAAUCAGUGAUGUAUCAAUGCAGUCUAUGGAUAUACAGAGAGUCAAAUUAGAGGCUCUCUGCGUCAGUCAUGAUGAUAAUAUGGAUGUCAAAACACAAACUUCUAAGCCAAGUAGAAUUGGAGGGGGAGUUGGAAAAUGUCAGACUUUCUUGGGCAGGCCCUCAAGUUGCUUGAGCCGGGGGUCUCCUGGAAAUAGCCUCUCUACUUUUGGGGAUCCAUAUUCAACGAGUGUCAACUUAGAAGAUUUGAAAUCUACUAUUGGUUUACACUGGUCAUCAGUUCUCCUUGAGAAUAAGAAGAUGCCGCAUGAAACUGAAACAGUGCAGCAUGAGAAGCCUACUGCAACAGAAUCUGGGAAACGUCCCGGACCUUCAAUAGCUGUGAUAUCUGGAGAUGACAUACCGACUCACUCAGUGAAAACAUUGAAGGAUGCUAUAAAGCCUAAGAAGAAUAUUUUAAUCAAGAACUCAUUGGAAUGAUGAACAGGUGAUUCCAUCAGCUUUCCUUCAGCUGUUGUAGUUUCACUAAUGUGCUUGGCACGCCCAACCUUAGAGUGGGAGAUGUUC